GUCGGUGUCUCGUGUCGCCAUGGCAUGGCCAGGAUUGCAACACAUCUAUCGGUCAUCCCAGCGUGCGGGAGACCUGGCGAGGCGGAUCACGAUGAGGAGGGUAUGGCCCAUCUUCAUUCACGAUUCGCAUUGUAUUGUGCGUUGUGAGCAUUUCUUGGGAACCGCCUCCUUGCAUGCUCACCGCCCUAGGAAUGUCUCAACUUUCAUUCACACACGUCUCGCCGCUAUGGCUGGGCCGCUUUCGGAUCCGCGGGUUCCAACAAAGAAACAAAGAAAACACUGCAUACACAUCCAUCCCGCAACAAUCGCAGCAUUGCGCGAGGCAGAAGAGGGCCGUGCUCGUCAUUGGACAAAGGAGCGCAUGCCACCGUGGGCGUGGAAUAAUAGACACAACGAUAAUUCUUGCGUUUCUUUGCAAUAAUGGCACGUCUGGACCCGUCACGCGCCUCUAUUGGUGCGUAGGUAGCAGGGCUUUCAUUGUCGAGUGGGAAUGCCAGUGGAACAAGAGGACGGUGAGACCCCGCUGUCUCGUCUCCGAUGUCUGCUUCACUCCACGAUUUACCGCUGCCCCUGCUUCCUCCGCAUCGACAGUGGAAUCAACCGCAUCAGCCUGUGCAAACGCUGCACUCCG